GAUGGCUGCGCCCGCGCUAGGGCCGGCUGGAGGACGAGGCGGCGGGCUCGGUCUCGUUCUCUCUUUGCCUCUGCUCUUGCUGCUGGGCAGGGCGGCGGGGGGCGAAGAGGUCGGGGCCGAGGCGGGCGCGGCGUCCCUCGCGGGCUCGUGCGGUUGUGGCACUCCCCAGCGGCCCGGGGCCCAUGGCAGCUCGGCGGCCGCGCACCGAUACUCGCGGGAGGCGAACGCCCCAGGCUCGGUAGCCGGAGAGCGACCGUUCCCGCCCACCAAGAUGGUCCCCAUCCCUGCCGGAGUAUUUACAAUGGGCACAGAUGAUCCUCAGAUAAAGCAGGAUGGGGAAGCACCUGCGAGGAGAGUUGCUAUUGAUGCCUUUUACAUGGAUGCCUAUGAAGUCAGUAAUGCUGAAUUUGAGAAGUUUGUGAACUCAACUGGCUAUUUGACAGAGGCUGAGAAGUUUGGUGACUCCUUUGUCUUUGAAGGCAUGUUGAGUGAGCAAGUGAAGUCUGAUAUCCAACAGGCAGUGGCAGCGGCUCCCUGGUGGUUACCUGUUAAAGGCGCUAACUGGAGACACCCAGAAGGGCCCGACUCUACUGUCCUGCACAGGCCAGAUCACCCGGUUCUUCACGUCUCCUGGAACGAUGCCGUCGCCUACUGCACAUGGGCCGGGAAGCGGUUGCCCACGGAAGCCGAGUGGGAGUACAGCUGUCGAGGAGGCCUGCAAAAUAGACUCUUCCCCUGGGGCAACAGACUGCAGCCGAAGGGCCAACAUUAUGCCAACAUUUGGCAGGGCGAGUUUCCUGUGACCAACACCGGAGAGGACGGCUUUCGAGGGACUGCGCCUGUUGACGCCUUUCCUCCCAAUGGUUACGGCUUAUACAAUAUAGUAGGGAAUGCCUGGGAGUGGACUUCAGACUGGUGGACCAUUCACCAUUCUGUUGAAGAAACGAUUAUUAACCCAAAAGGCCCCCCUUCUGGCAAAGACCGGGUGAAGAAAGGUGGAUCCUACAUGUGCCAUAAGUCCUACUGCUACAGGUAUCGCUGUGCUGCUCGAAGCCAGAACACACCUGACAGCUCCGCUUCGAAUCUGGGAUUCCGCUGUGCAGCCGACCACCUGCCCACCACAGGCUAACAGCCACGAAGAGCCUUCCUGAAUCGAAGAAGUCGUGUCUAACCUGCACGCGGCUUCCCUCAGAAGGCUGAACAACCUCUUGUGAAGAAUUCCCACCCCCAGGUGGGUUACAUACCUGCCCAAUGGCCAAAGGAACCGUGUGGCGAGACCAAAUAGCUGACCUGCAUCAGCAAGUGUGCUUUAUUGUGUGGUGCAUUUCAUGUUUUACGUUUGGAGUCUUUUAAAGAGGAAGGCGGUGGAGGGCACCCUGAACUAGGCCUCAGGAGGUCUGCGUUCUACCCAGGCUCUGCCCCUGGGUUAGACCCCAGGGUCCCACACUUGACCUUCCUGGGCCUCAGUGACCUCAUCUGUCCAGUGAGGGGAUGCACAACAUGAUCUCUGAGGCUGUCUCCCAACUCGCAGAUUGUCUGAAUAUAUCAGAUUCUAUUGUGAUUUCAUAGUGAGAGUUUAUGGCAGGUUAUUUUUUAGCUGUUUUUUCCCAUGUGUGAACCUUGGGUAAUACUAAUCAUGUAAAAUAAUCGUUCUCUUGUAUAUUAUUUUCAGAAAAGAAUGAGGGGGGUGGCGGUGAUGGGUCUUUAUAUUCGUACUGCACUUUGUUUUUUCAAGGAAAUCAGUGUCUUUUACAUUGUUAUAAUGAAUCCCACUUGGGCCAGUGAUGGUGCGCUCAAGUUCAGCAGUCCGAACACGCAGGGAUGUCUGUGAGGUGACUUUACUGUGCUUUAUAUUUUAACAUUAAGUGCCUUUGGUUCAGGGGGGCAGUUACAAGCCCUAUUUCCCCCUCUCCCCAAAGCCUUUGGUGAAUGUGAAAUGUUUGCUACAUGGAGAAACCUGUUUAAUUCUAAAUGUAGGAGAAAAAAACCAAGAACCUUGAAUUAACUGUAUUCAGGGUAUCCAGUAUUUUGUAAUAGGGAAGUAGGAAAUCUUGUUGGCUGUGGAGUGUCAGAUGCUUCAGAUCAUGCACUGUGUCGAAUAAAGUGGUAUCUGCUAAAUCAGG